AUCCUGGAGGGGAAAAUGAAUUUCACAAAUUGCACCACUGAAGCCAAUGUGGCUACGAAGCCAAAAACAGUAACUGAAAAGAUGCUCAUUACCCUGACCUUGGCCACAAUCACAACCUUGACUAUGCUGCUGAAUUCUGCUGUAAUUGCGGCAAUCUCUACAACCAAGAAGCUCCACCAGCCGGCAAAUUAUUUAAUAUGUUCACUAGCUGUGACAGAUCUCCUUGUUGCUGUUCUCGUCAUGCCCUUGAGCAUCACUUACAUAAUGAUAGAUAAAUGGACUUUGGGAUACUUCAUCUGUGAGAUCUGGCUUAGCGUCGACAUGACCUGUUGCACGUGUUCAAUCCUUCAUCUGUGUGUCAUUGCUCUGGACAGGUACUGGGCAAUCACAGACGCUAUCGAAUACGCCAGGAAAAGAACAGCAAAAAGGGCUGGGCUGAUGAUAGUCACUGUGUGGACUAUCUCCAUUUUCAUAUCAAUGCCCCCUUUGUUUUGGAGAAAUCACCACAGCGUCAAUAUUCCCAGUGAGUGUCGCAUUCAGCACGAUCACGUCAUCUACACUAUUUAUUCCACAUUUGGGGCAUUUUACAUCCCCUUGACUUUGAUCCUGAUCCUGUACUACAGAAUUUACCACGCUGCAAAGAGCCUUUACCAAAAGCGGGGUUCCAGCCGCCACCUCAGCAACAGGAGCACUGACAGCCAAAACUCCUUCGCCAGUUGCAAACUCACACAGACAUUCUGCGUCUCGGACUUCUCCACAUCCGACCCAACCACAGAGUUUGAUAAAAUCAACGCGUCCGUGAGGAUCCCUCCUUUUGAGAAUGACCUGGACCUGGCCGGCGACCGGCAGCAGAUCUCCACGACGCGGGAACGAAAGGCUGCUCGCAUUCUGGGGCUGAUUUUAGGUGCUUUCAUUUUGUCCUGGUUGCCCUUUUUCAUCAAGGAGUUGCUUGUGGGCCUCCACGUUUGCACUGUCUCUCCAGAAGUAGCAGACUUCUUGACCUGGCUUGGAUAUGUCAACUCCCUUAUCAACCCUUUGCUGUACACUAGCUUUAACGAAGAUUUCAAGCUGGCCUUUAGAAAGCUCAUCAGGUGUCGAGAACAUACUUAGAAGUAGCGGGAGAUGAUGACGACGUGACUCCUGGCCUUAAGAACGAGCAAAAUAAUUUGACUCUGUCACCAUUUCCCUUGAUAAAGGGGAUUUUUGUGUUUGCCUACUUGCUUGACUUAUCUUUAGCCUGUAAUUCAUUCUGCCGUUUUUUACCUCUAGUGUUAUUCAUGGUAAAGAGUUUGAAAUAAAUUUAUUCUACAAAGGAACAGAUUUUUAGCAAUGAAACAACAAAAAGAAGAAACUAUUAGAUACUCAUGUUUAAGACAUUUUGUGUAAUCAAUGAUUCAAGAAGCAUACAACAAUAUUCACUUUUAUACUUUUUUCAUUUAAGAAUCAAAUGUCUAAAUUAUCAUGCAUUGUAGUAAUAGAAAGGCUUAUAAACUGAACCCCAUAAAUACGUAUGCAAAAAUUAAUAAACACUUCAUGGUCAUGACAGCUAAACAGCAAAUCUUUACUGCAGCAUUCUGAGAAAACUGUAACAGCCAUUUAGAAGGAAGAUAACCACCAUUUCCAGCUAGGGCUAAGGCUGAAUAAACCAUUCCUUUCUUCAGGAAUACACUCGCAAAACAGAAAGCAAAGUUCAGUUCAUUCCAUCUAAAAAUGGAUCCCAUUUUGUACUCCAAAAUAGUUAUGUAAGUAGCUCUUUUUGUCUAAGAUUUCAGAUUUAUGUUCAAAGUAUUGGGCAGACACCUGUGCAGUUUGUUUGGCAACUGGGAGGAUGCAGCUAGCAAGUGUCACACUUGUAAGACCAGCUGCAUGUCUGACUGGUGACAUUUUUAAUACCACUAAACAUAUUUGUUCAGGGCUCAGACCUUGUGCCUUGGUCAGUUCUGGGGUAGCAUUAUUCAC